CUUUCUUGUGCCGGGAUUCCCAUGGGAUGGGAUGUGAUGUGAUGUGCCUGGUUGGAUUUGGGUUGUGCUGGAUGGAAAAUGCCAGCAUUCUGUUUCAUUUGGUGGAGCUUUGGUAUGCAGGAUUAGGCAUUGUUUGGGCUGUGCAUUUUUUUUUUCUCCCGUAUUCGGUUUGUGAUAUCAAUACUGGAAACUCAAUGUGUGCUACAUUUGAUUUGAUUGUCAUCUGGGAAGUGGCAAAUGCAAUUUUUCUAGGGGUGUCCGACAUACGAUUUGGGGAUAACUUGUGUCAGUCAAGAAAAUGCACCAUAAAUAAAAUGGAAUGCCAGCUGUUAUACAAGGUCUAGUCAUGAUGAACAUUCGUCGGUUUGGCAUAAACAUCACACCUGUUUGAUCAAAUUUCCAAACUCUUCAUGAAAUUCGUAAAUUUCCAGUGAGGAAUAGAACAAAAACAGCGCAGAUCACCAGACCUCGAAGUCUCUCUUAUCUGCAAGAUUCUUUGGAUGCUUUCCUGUACCCUCUGGUUGUAAUGUCGUGUUCUGGUUUUUGUAAUUACUUCAGUGUUGUGCACUUCUUUUUGUAACAGUGGAAUCUAGUUACACUCAGCAAGCCAAGCUUAGAUUUUGGUGUUUUUUAACCUGCGAAAGACUACAGACCUGAGGAAUUGUCUCGGUUGCAGUGCUCAUUUGGACAUGUAUAAACCUAAACAUCUCGGUAGUUUCACCCAUUGUUGUUUUCUAUUCUACGUGGAGUACAUCUCCUCCUUUACUUUUUACAGUCUUUUUUUCCUCCCCCCCUCCCCCUAAUUCUCUUCCACUGUCAAGAUUCGAAAUUCUGACGAAUUUUCCUGAUAAAUUCUGAAGCCUUUGGAACGAUGUCUACAGAGAUUCCUCUGUCGCCUGUACGUAGAGUAGAAAUCCUGGGUAUUUUGUACUUGCUCGGUUUCUGUUCUGUUUCGUGUUUUCACAUUUGUCUGAUCUAAAGACAUGGUAAAAUACGCCUUCCUACCUCUCAUAACUGAUUUUUAUUUCUGACAGAAAAUACAGUCUUUCAGAGAUUAUGUUUUUGCUGCAAGAUUCCUUUUGGAAGUAUGUACGAUCUUGUUAGUGCCAUGGGUCCAUAUUUUUUUGUAAUUGUUUCUGCUCAUAUGCUUUUAUCCUGUCCUUUUUUCUCCCGCCUUAUUCUUUUCUAUGUUGCCAAGUGCUGCCAUGUCCCCGUCGAAUCUUAUCGUUCUGCUCGCCAUUUCUCAUUUCUUGUGAUUUUAUACAAGAACAGACCAUGAACUGUGCUACCUCUUUCACCAAUCUGCCUUACAAGUGCCUGCAGAAUUCCAGCUUUUAAGCAUGUGUCUCUUGAAAUUUUGUGGAAAGAGGGCAUCUUGCUACAGCAAUAUCUCAGAAUCAUGUCCCCUAAGAUUCCAUACUCCAGAAGAUUGAGUUGCAGCUACCUAUUGCCAGAAGGCAAUCAAUUUGUUGAGGGAUGUCUGGAGCAAAGCCAGCUAUGGGUCAAACUCAAGGAGAUGGUUGUCCUGUCCAACAGAUCUAUUCAUAUUUGGAGAAAGCCACUGACUCUGACAAAUUUCAUGCGGACAGAAAACCUGCACCUUGUGAUGGUUCUUCACGUAGAAAAUCAAAUGCAACUUCAUUAAAAGUGUUAUUAGCAAAAGAGAUGACUAAAGAAGUGGAAUUAAAGAGAAAGCCACCAGGUGUCGUUGCCCGAUUAAUGGGCCUUGAGGAGGAUCUACCUGCUAAUGGACCAGUUUUACACCAGGCCAAAAGUGGUUUCAGGAAAAGUCAAUCAUGUAACCAGUUAAAAGCACUAAACAAAGACUUAAAGCAACAAGAGCAGCAUCGUCUCAUAAAGUCAACGACACAAGAUAUCCACCCAUUUUGUCAGGAAGCAGUUCAAUAUAAUGAUGUGUAUGAAGUAUCUGAAGCACAAACACGGAUGAGCUAUUUUCAGGACAAAAUUUCGCAGAAAGGAGGGUCUUCUGGGAACACAAGUAACAGAGUGGAUAUUUUGCGAGGAAGUGUCAUGGAGAAAAAAUGCUUAGGCAUGGCAGAGAAGCCGCUUCAUUCAAAGGACUUACAAGAAGCUCUUAGGGUUGUAAGUUCAAACAAAGAUUUGUUUCUGAAAUUUCUUGAAGAACCUAACUCAAUUUUCUCAAGACAGUUGGUAGGGUCUCACACCAAUCUAGCACCACCUCAGAAAAAACGGAUUACGGUACUAAAGCCACUUGGUUCUUUUGAGAGUGAUGGCACAAGACAAACUGGAACUGAGCAAAUUCAAGAGCAAAAUGGAGCAGCAAUGAGAGAGUUCCAUCAGAGUUCUAAUUUUAAGGAAGAAAAUCCCUCCUUGCCAAGUAGAAUAGUACUCCUGAGGCCUACUCCAGGGAAGCCGAGUUUAACAAAUGCAAAGCUAACCCCCAGGACAACUCCAUUUCUAUCAAUUAACCCCAGUGAUUUCAGGGUAGCAUUGGAUGGCAAUGGGGCAACCCUACGAUCUACAAAAGUAGAGCCUGGUAUCAUUCAUAACCAGCAAGAUGGCUGUCAUCAAGGAGAUGAAUCUUUUUUAUCUUCCUCAUACUCAAAUGGAUAUGGAGGAGAUGAAAGUUCAUUAGGUGAUUCAGAAAUUGAUCAGAACAGUGAUUCUGAUAUUGACUAUAUUGAAGAUGAAGGUGACAGCUUCAGUGACUCAGGGGGAUGUAGUCCUGUGUCAAAGCGAACAUGGCAUUAUACCAAAAAACAUGGAAAUCCCUAUCUGGGAUCGUCUUUUAGCAAGAUCUCCCACUUUGCUGAGUCAUCAGUUACUAAGGAAGCCAAGCAACGGCUUUCAGAGCGAUGGGCAACUGUAACUUGUGAUGAGAUCAGUCAAGAGCAAGUAGAAUUGCCAAGGAGCACAUGCACCUUAGGAGAGAUGCUCUCCCUUCAGGAUGUGAAGAAUGAUAAUUUCAUCAAUGAGUUACCUUCUGUUUCUACCAGUCGCUGUUAUGACAGAGAAAAUGAACUACCUACUCAAGCUAAAUAUGCAACUGCUUGUAGGAAAGAUGAAAAAAAUGGUGAGAGACCUAUGGGGUUGCCAAGAUCAACAUCUGUUCCUCUGAUUCCAUCCACGCUUAAUAACAUGGUGGCAAAUGUGAAAACUUCAAAUCAUCAGGGCCAUGAAAGAACAAAACAUAUUGUCGCAUCAAAUAAAGAAAAAUCAUUUUUCAGGGGUAGAGUUUCAGAUUUCUUCUUUCCAAGAAGUAAAAGAACAACAAGGCAGAUAUCUGCCAAUCAUACAUCUGAUUUGUCUUCAGGGAAUACUGAAGACUGUGGCGGUGAUAGUCAACAAGAUGCCAACCAUGAUUUGGAUGGUAAUGAAAAAUCCACCAUUUGUGAGGACAUACUUGAUAUUUGUGCUGUGCAAUCAACCAGCACUUCAGAGGGAACAACUGCUUUAACUGAUGUACCUGCAUCAUUGGAUUGUCGAAGUGGAAACCUGAAUAAACUAGGACUGAAUGAGGUCCUAAAUAGUACACGCGACCAACCCAGCCCUACGUCAGUUCUUGAUGCACCCUCUGAAGAUAGCAGUUGUAAUGAACCUGAAUCAUCUGCAAGCACUACAUCAAAAAAUGCUAAAGCUGUCUCAAGAUCUUCAGCAAUUGAGGCUGUUGCUUGUUCCUUAUCAUGGGACGACACCACUUCAGAAUCAGCAUUACCUGGCACCCGAGGGCAGUCUUCUUUUCUCCCUGAUGUAGAUGACGAUGAAUCGGAAUGCCAUGUUCUUGUGCAAAAUAUAAUGUCGUCUGCUGGAUUAGACGAUGCGCAGUCGAGUAUGCUUUUCACUGGCUGGCAUUUACCUGACUGUCCUCUUGAUCCGAUUCUGUUCAACAAAGUCUUGGAGCUUCGGGAGCAAAGUUCAUACCAAAGGCUUCUUUUCGAUUGUGUCAAUGUUGCUCUUGUUGAGAUCGGCGAGAACACCUUGCUAAGUACAUUCCCAUGGAGCAAAGCACACUCAAGAACAUGGAUGGACGCCUCCUCUCCUGCAUUGGGGAUAGAAGUCUGGAGCAUCCUGAAAGAUUGGAUUUACGGGGCACGGAUGUUCGUGGUGAGCAGGAGAGAUAAUGCUGGGAUCAUGAUAGAGAGAGUUGUGAAGCAGGAGGUUGAAGGAACAGGCUGGGUGAAAACGAUGAGGACGCAGUUGGUUGACAUUACCGAGCAAAUUGAGGGUGGAGUCUGGGAGGAGCUCGUGGGAGAAGCUGUGCUGGAUUUUGUUCCUGCCUGUCAACGAUGAUAUGUCUUUGCAAGUUACAACUGAUGAAUUUCUCCCCUUUUUUUGUACACUGUUUAUGUCAUUUUACGCCAGAAACAAAUGUGUACUCGCUUCGUCUCAAAAUAAAUCAACUUCUGUAAUUCAAACUUUGUCCCAAAAUAAAUCAACUUCUAUUUUCUUAUCUA